GAAAAAACAUACAUAUUUGCAAAAAUAGAAAAAAAAUACGAUAAUCUAACCUCGCGUAAUAGAAUUUAGAGUGAUUUUUUUCCCUGCUAUAAUUAUAAAAGAAAAUUAGUUAAAAAUAUAAAAUAAAUAUACAAAAUAUUAAAAACGGUUAACGAAGUUGGUGGAUAAAACAAACAGAAAUGAAACAAAACUUGGAUAAACGUGAUAUACGGCCAUUUAUUUAUGGUGGUUUGGCAUCAAUAACAGCAGAAUUUGGCACUUUUCCAAUUGAUACAACAAAAACCCGCCUCCAGAUUCAAGGUCAAAAAAUUGAUCAAGCAUUUGCCCAAGUGCGAUAUCGUGGCAUGACAGAUGCAUUUAUAAAAAUUAGCAAAGAAGAGGGUUUGAGAGCAUUAUAUUCGGGAAUUUGGCCGGCAGUAUUAAGACAAGCUACUUAUGGCACCAUCAAAUUUGGCACCUACUACACAUUAAAAAGUAUAGUGAGCGAACAUGGCCUUCUAAUCGAUCCUGAUACGGGGACAGAACGGGUAUGGGGUAAUGUAAUGUGUGCAGCAGCUGCUGGAGCGAUAUCAUCGGCCAUAGCAAAUCCCACCGAUGUAUUGAAGGUACGCAUGCAGGUUCAUGGGAAGGGUUCAAUGCAGAAAAGUGUUUGGUCUUGCUUCCAUGACAUUUAUAAAUACGAAGGUGUUAGGGGUUUAUGGCGGGGAGUAGGCCCUACUGCUCAGAGAGCAGUGGUAAUAGCGUCGGUGGAGUUGCCGGUCUAUGAUUUCUGUAAACUGCAGUUAAUGGAGUAUUUUGGUGAUCACAUGACCAAUCAUUUUCUCUCUAGUUUUAUAGCCAGUUUAGGCAGUGCUGUUGCCUCUACGCCUAUUGAUGUGAUACGUACCCGCCUUAUGAAUCAACGACAUGUUACGGUAGUUAAUGGCAUGGCUACCGCAGCAACAUCUACAAAAAUCUAUACUGGUAGUUUGGAUUGUGCCAUACAGACUGUACGAAAUGAGGGAUUUUUGGCUUUAUACAAAGGUUUCAUACCAACUUGGGUGCGCAUGGGACCCUGGAAUGUUAUAUUCUUUAUAACAUAUGAGCAACUGAAAAAAUAUUAAAAAUUGGCUCGGUUUUACAUUGUCUCACAUGGCUGUUAGUUUUAACAAAGAACAAACAAACUAUAUACAUUUAGUACAAGCUAAAACAAAACACCUCAUUAGUAAAAUCAAAUCUUUUUUAUCAUUUAAGACUUCUUAAAUAUCGUCAUCAUCCCCCUCUUACAUUUCUAUUGCUCAUUUUUAUUUUGUUUUCAUAUACAUACAUAGAAAUAAUAAAAGUAUAUCGUUAGUUUUUAAGUAAAAUUAUUACAAAUUGCAUUAAAGUAUACCCUCUGCAUACUUAAAAUCAAAAUUAUAUGAUUUAUUCAUAUAAUUUUGCUGUAUAAUUUUCUUUAGUUUUAAAAACUGUAUUAAUUUAGUUUGUUUUUAAGUUUAGUGAAAUUGUUUAUUUUAUGCCCAUUUUUCUUUCCAAUCCUAAAAUUUCUUUCCUUUAAAGUAUUUUUAUGGUUGUAUUUCUUAUAUUUAAACAAAUUUUGCAUUUUCUAUAAGUGUAUUUCGGUACCAAAUAAUAAAUAAAUCUGGUAUUUAAAAAAGAAAACAAUUUACAAAAAUUAGUUUUUGUAUAAAAACCUAUAAAUUUAUUUCAUUUUCAAAUAUGUAUUUAAUAAAGAAAAUAGCUUAAAAUCAUUAUUUUGAAAUAUAUUGAUGAUACCUUAACUAA